GUUCCCAGGACAACGAAACCCCAAACAACCUCGGAAACACGGCGAACACCGCAGGUUAACGACGGCUAAUUAAUCGCCCCUGACGACUGGUAUCGAAACUCUUGAAGUUAAUUAAUCCAAAGUUGUAUAGUGUAUAGUUGCAUUAGAGUUAAGUCCAGAAGCCGGCAAGCGACGAAGAGCACCGCAGACAUGAGUGGCCACUGGACGUGCAGCCAGCAGCAGAGGUGGACGUCUCAGCGCCAGAUGCAGGAGCAGCUCCGGCAGCAGGAGGCCGAGCGCCUGGCCCGAGACAGGCAGCAGCAGGCCGGUGUGCGGGACGAGGAGAGCUUCGAGAGGAGGAGGCACCAGCGACAGGCGCAGGAGGAACUCAAGGAGAGGCGCAUGGAGAGCGCAAUGCUGAAGGCAGAGGAGGAGAGAAUAAACAGAGAAAAGCAACUGGAGCAAGAGGAGAGAAUGGCUAAGGAGCUGGCCCGCAUCAACUUUGAGACACAACGAGAUGAGAAAAUGAGACAGUAUAUUAAAGAGAACAGCCUGGAGCUUCGAGAACUUGAGUCAAAGCUGAAAUCUGCAUAUUUGAAUAAGGAAAGAGCUGCACAAAUGGCUGAGCAGGAAGUUAGGAGGCUUGAGACAAUGCGUGAGGAGGCAGACUUGGCCCGCAAGAUGAAGAGUGAAUAUGAGCGAGGAGACGUCGAGAAGCAGAAAGUGGAGGAGAAACGCCACGAGGAGCUGGUGCAGUGUCAGAGAGAGCUGGAGCAGCAGCUCGUGGAGAGGGAGCGCAGGAGACAAGAGGCGUACGAGGAGUUCCUCAAAGAGAAGCUCGUGGUUGAUGAGAUAGUCAGGAAGAUCUACGAAGAGGAUCAGAUGGAGAGACAGCUGAAACUGGAGAAGGUCAGAGCCACUCAGCAACACAUUGAAGCAUUCAAGAAACAGCGAGCAGAGUGGAGACGGAUAGAGCAAGAAAAGAUGGAGGCCGAGAAUAAAAGGAUCAUGGAGUUUGUGAGCCAUCAGGAGAACAUGGAGGAGAGCAGAAUGGCUAAGAUCAGAGAGAGGGAAAAAGGAAAAGAGCAUCUUCAUAAAAUACUGUCUGAGAAGAUUGAAGGGGAGAGGCAGCAACGUGAAGAGAUGGAACAAGUCCGUGAGGAACUUUAUUUAGAAGAACAGGAAGAGGCUAACAGGCAGAGAGACAUUGAAGAGAUGGAGAAGAAAAUCCGACAGAGGUUGAUGAUGCAGCAGACCUGCCAGCAGCAGAUGGCUUUCAAAGAGAUGCGAAGGCAGGCAGAGAAAGAGGAAGAGGAGGCCUUCAGGAGAAUGAUGAUGGCUAAGUUUGCAGAAGACGACCGCUUAGAGCAGAUGAAUGCCCAGAAACGACGCAUGAAGCAACUUGAGCACAAACGCGAGGUGGAGAAACUGUUGGAGGACAGAAGACUGCAGCAUGAGGCCGACAUGGAACUGGAGGCUAAAGAGAGAGCAAUUGAGCAGGAGAGGGAGGCUCUGCGUCGGCAGAUAAUUGAAGAGGAGAGGCAGCGACUUCUUAAACGCCAUGCAACAAAACUCCUUGGAUACCUACCAAAGGGCUUGCUCCGUGAAGACGACCUGGAGCACUUUGAUGAAGACUUCAGAAAACACUUUAAAACACGGCAGGUGGAUAUCUUCUCUGAGGAUGGCUGGGAUGGCGAUGAGUAAAUUGCAUACUAUGCCACUAGAUAGCAGUUUAUGGUUGCAAAGUUCUUUAAUUUCUCAGCAUCCAUGAUGGUGCUCGUGUAGCAUUCAGUCACAACAACAUUAUUAAUUGACAUGUUUUUAUUUGGACUGUGCUGACAGGAUCUUAAUAAAAAUAAUUCCAGAAAAGAUCUGAGGCUGUCUGCUGGCUAAAUGUGACACUAAUUAGGAGACACCUCUCUAAAUCUAAAUGAACUUUGAACCCGAAGUCUCUCAUUUAUCUGCACCUCUCUGUGCCUCUGACUUCCCCCAGUCUAGAGCUUUCAUGAACUCGUCCUCUGUGAACGACAGCAGCUUGGCAGCUUCAAAAUGCAUCUGCACAAGACAAAAAGUCUGUCAUUGAUGAAGCUGUGAGAAGGGCGUGUAUAAGCAGGGUGUCUGAGAUGGAGACACGUACCUUUUGUCUUUUGAGGAUCUCAAUCAGCUUCAGCUGUUUCUUGAAACCCACAAUGAGUUCGGCUUUCUGUUUUUUUAGCAUUUUGUUUUCGGCAAGUAGAUUUUCUUUACUCUGAUGUUCAUCGCUUAUCUUGUCCUAAUUCAAAAUUAUUUAAAAGACUGAAAUUAGAAGUGAAACGGAUCUAACCUUUUGGGCAAACUGAGGACAAUUAAAAACAUGUUGACAUUCAGUUGAAGCUGGUACUUUUAUCCUAAUCUCUUUCCAUCUUCAAAUAUCAUAUUCCACGUUUUCCUCAGAUAUUUUCAAGUCCACUAGGCAGCAUAACAUUUAGCGGCCGUACAUGAUCUCUCUGCAUGCUUGAGUUUCAUUAUUUAGGUCAGUGGGCUCUGUAGUUUAUUACUGUGUGACGUUAUGGAGCUCCCUGUUUCAAUAUCUAAGGAGACUUUGUCCUUUUACUUUAAACAUGUUAGCACUUUACCAUACUUAACUCAUACUUUUGUGAUCUUGAAACCAUAUUACUAAGACACUCAUAAUCACAAGGCUGUAAAAUGAUAUUAAAUGAACCCUUUGAACACAGCUGUAAUAGCUUUUCAUGUAUAAAAGCUGCUUGUAAUAAAACAAAUCACAUUUGAAUAAUUCGAUUAUGUGUUUAUCAGCACUGUAAUUUACAAACCUUGUUCGUCUGUUUCAUCUUGUUGAGCUGAGCCUUGAACCUCUCCACCUCCUCCAGCGCUCUGUUCAGACGAACCUCCACCGUGCUGUGCACCGCCGCUGCU